GCACCGCACCGCAGCGCAGCGCGAUGGCCGUGGCCGUGGGCAGACCGGCGAACGAUGACCUCAGGAACCUGUCCCUGUCUGGCCACGUGGGCUUYGACAGCCUCCCGGACCAGCUGGUCAACAAGUCAACAUCGCAGGGCUUCUGCUUCAACAUCCUCUGCGUGGGUGAAACCGGCAUCGGCAAAUCCACGCUGAUGGACACUCUGUUCAACACCAAGUUCGAGAGCGAGCCCGCCACGCACAACGAGCCCGGCGUGAGGUUGAAAGCGCGGAGUUACGAGCUCCAGGAGAGCAACGUCCGGCUGAAGCUGACCAUUGUCGACACGGUGGGCUUUGGUGAUCAGAUCAACAAGGAUGACAGCUACAAGCCCAUAGUAGAAUACAUCGACGCACAGUUCGAAGCCUACCUGCAGGAAGAGCURAAGAUCAAGCGGUCCCUGUUCAACUACCACGACACGCGGAUUCACGCCUGCCUGUAUUUCAUCGCUCCCACCGGACACUCGCUGAAAUCCCUGGACCUGGUCACCAUGAAGAAGCUCGACAGUAAGGUGAACAUCAUCCCCAUCAUUGCCAAGGCUGACACCAUUGCAAAAAAUGAGUUGCACAAGUUCAAGAGUAAAAUCAUGAGYGAGCUGGUCAGCAACGGCGUGCAGAUCUACCAGUUCCCGACCGACGAGGAGACGGUGGCYGAGAUCAAUGCCACCAUGAGUGUCCACCUUCCUUUUGCCGUGGUUGGCAGUACUGAAGAAGUGAAGAUUGGCAAUAAGAUGGCAAAAGCCAGGCAGUACCCCUGGGGUGUCGUGCAGGUUGAAAACGAAAACCACUGUGACUUUGUGAAGCUGCGGGAGAUGCUGAUCCGAGUGAACAUGGAGGAUUUGAGGGAGCAGACRCACACCCGGCACUACGAGCUGUACAGGCGCUGCAAGCUGGAGGAGAUGGGAUUCAAGGACACGGAUCCAGACAGCAAACCUUUCAGUCUCCAAGAGACUUAUGAAGCAAAGAGGAAUGAAUUCCUGGGCGAACUCCAGAAGAAGGAGGACGAAAUGAGGCAGAUGUUUGUCAUGCGAGUGAAGGAGAAGGAAGCAGAGUUGAAGGAAGCAGAGAAGGAUCUUCACGAAAAGUUUGACCAUCUAAAGAGGACUCACCAAGAAGAGAAGAAAAAAGUGGAAGAUAAAAAGAAGGAACUUGAGGAAGAGCUGAGCAACUUUCAAAAGAAGAAGGCGGCGGCUCAGCUAUUACAGUCACAGGCUCAGCAGGCAGGUUCUCAACAAACCAAGAAAGACAAGGACAAGAAAAAAAAUCCAGCCUUGAGGAACAUGCCCGUGUUUUAGUGUGUCCUUUGUGUGGCUCCACGCCAGUGCAAGCUUCACAUAAAGCCUGUCGAGCCAAGGAUGUUCCUGCAUUCACCUGCUUUUGCAGUAAUGUGUCUCUGCCAUCUGUUUUCUUUUUAUAUUUUUUUUUCCAUUUUUUAACAUGAAUAACUAUUAACUCAUCUAAUAACAUAGUGGGAACAAGAAAGAAGAGGGAUUGGGUGCAGGGUUGUAUGCAAGUGGAAGUUCAGGGGUGGGUGGAGGGACACCAAAACCAUCACCAGUAAAUUAUUUUUGGCCCCCAGUUUGAAUCAGAGGGGAUGUCAGCAGCUCAGGUAUUGACUGGCUCAGGUGUCCUCAGUGCUGCUGAGUCCCUGGCUGUAGGAAUGUCCCAGCCAGCCCAUCUAAACCUGAGUUUAGGCUGGCCCAUCUUCCUUKGGGAGCUGAUGUGAUGCUGCAGCCGGGGAGAGGGAGAGGGGUGUGUGUAGAUAACCCAGUGUAACUGACCCUGCAUGCCGUGACAUUUGCAUGAUAAUUUGUUUUAGUUGCUGUUUGUUGUUGUCCGCCCUGGCCCUGCCUGGCCUGGUUUUGCAGCUCAUGGAGGGRAAGGAGCAUCCCCAGCCCUGCUCUCCCUGCACUGCUCAGCUCAAACCUUUGGCACCUCCCUUGAAAUCCUACCUGGAAAUCCUGGGUGGGAUCUUAGCAAGGCUUAGCAAUCCUUGUGGGGGCGAGGUAGAGCCUUCAGCACACUCUUGGAGUUUCCAAGAGGAUUCCUGCACAAACUUCAAUACAGACCUGCAAGGGUGUGGGAUCCAGAAUUGCAGGGAGAGAAGGUGCCUGGACACACAGCCCUCCUGCAGCAGCAAUAAUGUCCUUUUCAGUGUCCCUAGAACAUGSCAAGGGGAUGUAGGAUAAGCCAGGCCCUAUUUGCUGCUCUGUUUAAUGGGUGUUUUCCAUACCAUGGCUUUUAGACAGAGCCUUUCCCUUCCUUCCCAAGGAGUGGUGAGCCAUGCUUGACUCCUGGAUUUCUUUCACUGCCAGUGCMCAGCCAGCACUUCCUCUGCUCCUGUUUCCUUCAUUAAACCCUCUUAAACCCUUKCAUUAAACAAAACUCUUCCUACCUGAGUCUCCCACUACAGCUGUUUGCUUGGUUCUGGAUGGAAUUUCUCCGGUGGACGAAGAAAAGGCAAAAUUGUCGCUUUUUUAUCACUUUUUCCUCAAGUGUUGGAUUGGAAAGUGUGCUUGGGGGUGAGCUUAUGGGUUGUCUCGCUUUUUAAUCCUCACUGCUUAAACAUGGCUUUGGGAAGAGGAUAUCUAAAUACCAUGUCUUGGACAGACAGCAGAAAUGGAUAAAUAAGCUGAAAAUAAAAUAGUUGACGUUUUUAUCCUU